AACUUCUCAAGGUUGCUCACUCUUGUUCCCUACACACAAUCACAAUGAGCGAUGGCGAUCUCGCUCCAAUGGACAUUGCUCCAGCAGUCGUAGCGUCGACUGGACCAAAGUCAACCGGCACGUCGGCCGCGGCUGCCUCGGCGCAACGCAUGCGCCCACAGCUGUCGUCGGCGAGUCUGAACAAGCUGCCGAGCGAUGUGGACGAGGCGUCGGUGGCGUCGCGCGCUGGAUCCACGGCGUCGUCCGCCUGGACUGCCACGACAGGAUACACAUCAGCCACGCGCGCCGCCAGCACAGUCGCGCCGAUCAAGCGAACGGUUGCCACUACUGCUGUGACUGCGCCAGUGCGUGCAAGCCAGCGAACCGCCACGGGUACAUCCAAGCACCGACCGAGUGAGGACGACCUCUCGACAAUGACAGGUGGUCCGACACAACGGCGAUGGAACUCGUCGCACAUGUACUUUCCAUACAUUCUUAUGGGCUAUGUGCAACUGGCGUUCAACACGGCCAUCAUCAUCAUCAUGCUGUACUUUGCCUACCAGGUAGUCAGCACCAUUCAGCACGAUAUUGACAUCAAGGUGGACGACUACGCUCAAGCCAUCACAAAAGAAAUUGAGCUCUGCUCGAAGCAUUUUCUCGAAAACAAGUGCGCACCUCACACAAGGAUACCUGCCAUCGAGCGGUCGUGCAUCGAAUGGGAAAAGUGCAUUCAGCGCGAUCCGGCCACCAUGGGGCGAGCCAAAAUUACCGCCGAGAUUUUCGCAGAAAUUGUUAACAGCUUUAUCGAGCCAAUAUCCUACAAAACCAUGGCCUUUUUUGUCGCAUUCUUUUUCGGCUUCACAAUAGUUGGCAACUACGCGUUCCAUUUUGCUCGUUCGCGCGUUCCCGAGCCCCCUCAAUUCAAGCAGCCAGCGUAUAUGGCAUUGGCUCCCCAACAUGGCCGUUAUUAACCAAAAGUCCCCUUCCCCUCUUCCCCGCGUUAACACCAAAAACGCACUCUUGCAUAUUGUGC